AUGGCACUCUUCAAACGAGCGCUUGUUGCAGCUUCGUGCAUUGCUUCAGCUCUUGCUGUCAGAUCAGUUGUUGUUCAAGUGUUACCGGCGGCACAUCUUACCGGCAAGUUUGGCCGCCCAUACGGAUAUGGUUUCCUUCAUGAGAACCGCGCAUUCCAGUACAGCCGCAACUACUCAGUGUCGACGGCAAACUACUUUCCCAUCAAUGGCGCCGAGCUCAGCAUCCAAAACCUUUCACACCCACUAUCCGAGGCCCUGCCUGCAUCCAUGCGUGUAGCAGCUAGCAACGGCACCGGAAAGAUUGGGUUCAAGAACGAAGGUUACUGGGGCAUGGACGUGAAGCAGCAUAAGUACACUGGCUCAUUCUGGGUCAAGGGCGAGUACAAAGGCAACUUCACUGCAUCGCUCGAGUCCAACUUGACUUCCGACGUUUUCGGAUCCGUUGAAGUGCCGUCAAAGUGUGUCGAAGAUGACUGGGUCGAACACACUUUCGAGCUCACACCCGAGAAGGAUGCUCCUAACUCGAACAACACUUUCUCAAUCACGUUCGACCCUGCUGGAACUUCCGACGGCGCGUUGGACUUCAACCUUAUCAGUCUAUUUCCUCCUACAUACAAGAACAGGAAGAAUGGGUUGAGAAUCGAUAUUGCUGAGGCACUCGCUGAUAUGAACCCUUCUGUUCUUCGCUUUCCAGGUGGCAAUAUGCUCGAGGGUCUCACCAAUGACACAUACUGGGACUGGAAGAACUCACUCGGCCCUCUCAGGAACCGCCCAGGCUUUCAGGGUGUCUGGGGCUACCAACAAACAAACGGAUUGGGUCUGAUGGAGUAUCUCGAGUGGUCAGAAGAUAUGGGUCUUGAGAGGAUUCUUGCUGUUUGGGCUGGUCUCGCUUUAAAUGGCGAUACCACUCCGGAAGAAGACCUACAGCCCUUCAUCGACGACGCUCUUGACGAGAUCGAAUUCAUCUGUGGUCCAGCAAACUCCACCUGGGGCAAGGUCCGCGCUGAACUUGGACACCCCGAGCCUUACUCGCUCGACUACGUGGAGAUUGGUAAUGAGGACUGGCUCGCUGGCUUCCCCGGAGGUUGGGACUCUUACCGUCAAUACCGCUUCCCAUUGUUCUACGAGGCUAUCAAAGCCAAAUACCCCAACAUCCAGAUCAUCUCAUCUGCUGCUACAACCGAUCCCGAGGAAGGCGAACCAUUAGACUUCCCAGAGGACGCCAUCGGUGAUUACCACCCUUACCGCGAGCCUGAUGAGGUUGUGAAGGAGUUCAAUCGCUUUGACAACGACAUUGGCCACAUUGUUGGAGAGAUGGCUGCGAUCCAUCCCAACGGCGGAACCAAAUGGGAGGGCAAACUGAUGCCAUACCCCUGGUGGAUUGGCGCCGUUGGAGAGGCCGUUUCAUUGAUUGGCUACGAGCGCAACUCUGACCGCAUUCCUGGAGCUUUCUACGCCCCGGUAUUGAAGAACGAGAACCGCUGGCAGUGGUCCAUCACCAUUCUUCAAUUUGCUGCCGACGUGAAGCUGACGACCAAGUCCGUGAGCUUCCACUGCUGGAGCCUAUUUGCUCACCACCCUAUUACCCAUACUCUUCCUACCUCGUCUAACAGCUCGUAUGGCCCAGUCUACUGGGGCGCGGGUGUGGACGAGAGGAGGAACAACGCCAUGGUCUGGAAGGGCGCAGUUUACAACACCACCAACGGGUCUUCUGUACCGGUCUCGGUCCAUUUCCAGGGUGUGAAGCCAGGUACCAAGGCGAACUUGACGCUCCUGACGAACCCCAGCGGCGAUCCAUUCGCAUACAACGAUCCCCACACUGGCAUCAACAUUGUGAACACUACGAUCAGCAUCCUCGAAGCUGACUUUAGCGGUCUAUUCAAGUUCGACAUGCCGCAGCUGAGUGUUGCCGUCUUGGACACCGAGGUUGCGGGUGCGGGUGCGGGCAACGGUACCAACUGCCCAUAG